AUGGACCCUCCCGCAACCCCAGGCCCCAGGUCCUCUACCACCCCAGCGCCAGCAACGCCCAGAAGCCGCAAGCGCAAUCUCCCUCCCGCAACUCCAGGGCGGUCCAUCACCUCGCCUUUCCCGUCACGUACACCUCGUACACCCGGCGGAACAGUCACUUCGUGUACGUCUGACAACUCUCUGUUCGCUCUUGUGACUGUCCAUACUGCAAAGUGCACCGAGUGUGAUCAGCGCAAUAAGGACACUAUGCGGCGCUGCCCAGGCUGCACAUUUCAAGUGUGCAAGCCGUGCUAUGAGCGGAGGGAGAAGCAGGGUAGAGGAUUGCUGCAUGGGAAUUUGAUGAGUGGCGGCGGUGGCACACCGACGACGCAGCGCACAGUGCGGAAGAAGCCAGUGGCGACCACGCCAGGCGGUCGAAGUGUCAAGGCUGAGGUUGAGGCUAAGAAGGAAGAAGUGGCCACAAAGGCUGAAGCUGAGGGUGAAGUAAAGAAAGUGACCGAGAGGAAAGAGAAGGCAGCGCCUGUGCCCAAGUUGGCGGCGAGCAAGAAGCGUGCGGUGCGGAGGAAGCUUAUGGUCUUGGACUUCUCCAGUGAGGAGUCUUCCGACCACGACGAUACUGACUUUGUAUCUGACUCGACGUCCCCGACGCCCAGCAAGCGUCGCCGCACAGCUCUCAGCUUCGACGGUGCCGCUUCACCCGCAUCAUCGUCUACCACACGCGCAACCCGCAAACCACUCCCUACAGCAGCGAUGCCCACUAACCGCACUGCCAACCUAGCUAACACAGGGGCGCCCCUCGAUCCCCCAGGAUCCACAGGCAGCUUCAGGUCGAGCGAACUCAACGAAGAUGAUAUCCUACACCUGUACGGUGUCAAAGGCUACGACGAGCCAUUGCUAGGUCGCCGCCAACCAGUCAUGUCGAACCCCGUGAUUGAGAUUCCCGACAUCGUGAAGCGCAACUUCAAGCCGCGCCCCACGCAAGAAGAGAUCCACAAGAAGCUACAGGAGAACACCCUAAAGCACAUGGAGGCGCAGUGGAAGGCUGAAGAAGAAGCAUACUUGUACACCGUGCGCGCAUUCGUCGAGAGGGAGGCGGCCAAGCACCGAGACGACGUUGCCAUGGAUGAAGAUGAGAACGAGGCGCUGUUCUCUGCCGUCAAGGAAGCAGGGCGCAAGUGGAGCAAUCAUACCUACAACAAGUUGGACGUGGCGACACAGAACCUGGUGAGGCGGGGCUUGGAUAUGCGUCUGGACAGGAUCGACGAGAAGUACAAGGCGGAGCUUGCAACGCUGCUGUCCGAUUGCGCUGCUCGCAAGCUGCAGGAGCUGGCUCAAGACAGCGCUCCUUUCGCGGCGCCGAAUCCGGGUCGAGUGGCCGGGUCCAAGUAA